AUGAGCACCCACCACAUUAGUGUCUUUCAGCACCAGCCUUUGCCGGUGCAGCCUCGAAUCCACACAUCAUCACCUCAGCUCCCAAACUCUCAUCAGCCGCCUCUUAGUCACCAGCCGGCUGGGCUGGACUUGAUAGGCGAACCAAUACAUUUUUCCACCGGCCAAUUUGCUGGUCAAGUCGUCAGGGCAGAGCUCAAAGAAAUCCAAAAAGCUGAUCUUGGGAGAAAGUAUGCUAGGGUGGACCGGAGACCGCUAGACCCUCCGCCAGUAGUACUUUUGAAACUCUACAUAACGUAUACCGUAGGCAAUGAACAGCGGGAGGAAGAGGUUCCGGACUAUGAACAGGUCCACAACCACGGCCUUGUGUGUACGGUCGAUUUAUUUCCGGUACAAGGAGCAGACCAGCCUCCGAACGGCACAAGUGGCCAAUCGUCUUCCUCACCCUCUUCGUACUCAACGCGUCGCGCACAUCUAGAAGACGGCGCACGAAGUGCUGAUUAUUUUUCGGCGGCGUUUCCCGCGUCGCAGGGAAACACACCCGCCUCACCACACCCGUCGCGUUUGAUUGGGGCUUCAAAUAUCGUGCACAAUAUAGAUGGCCACUCUAUAACUGAAGGGUCGAAGCAAACUCACGCUUUGGUUGGCGCUACGUUCGUCCAACCAGCCUCCGUUGAGUAUCAAGGGCGCAAAUGCCUUGUAUUUGUUUUCUCUGCAAGUUGCUUUCAAAUCGAAGGCACUUUCAUCCUUCGAUACCGCGUCUUCGAUCUAUUCUCAAGACCGACUGAAUCCGACCAUCUCGCCAUUCAAGCAGAAUGCUACGGCCAACGAUUCAAGGUGUAUUCCACUAAGGAAUUCCCGGGGCUCCAAGCUUCUACAGACCUAACUAAGCACCUUGCCCGGUGGGGUGUUCGCUUAAACAUCCGUGAAACUGAACGCAAGAGAGGCAAAAAGGACAAUACAAGCGUCAGUCCAGUCCUAUCCAACGGCAAAAAGCGGAGUAUCGGAUCAGUGAGUGACGCAGGGCAUAGCGAAAACGAAUAG